AUGGAAAUGAAGAUGAAGAAGGUUGCUUGCUUUGUCCUCUUUGCUGCUGCAUUUGUCAGCGUUGUGAUGGCUCGUAAGAAAGGCAAGGACAAAGCCACCAGAGCACCAAAACCUGCAAAAGCACAAAAAUCAAGCAGCGAUAUCUCUGCUGGCCUGCCCACCUGGGGUUCCUUAGUUGCUGCCUGCCUUGUAUCAUACCUUACCUACUACUUGCUGCCUGCCUUGAAUGAAGAGUUCUUUCAUAUAUAUUAG